CAAGAGGGGCGGAGCUUCCUGUGACGUCACCGCACAUGUCAACAACAUGCCGGAGUCCUGCGGGGAAACACAAGCCCAAGACGGAAGAAGACCGCGACAAAACACGCCAGCCCACAACUUCGUGUCUACUUUAUCUCAGUUGGCAGAUGAUCAUUUAACCUUUGUCCGGAACAUAAGCACCGGCCUGGCGCUUGCUGGUGUAAUUGUCAUAGCAAGGAGUAUCAAACUGACCACCAAAUUCCAAGCCGUGUCUGAGAUCCCUGCUCGUUUCGUGGAGAGGAACGUCAGCCUCCGCGGGAGAGUCCAUUCCAUCACGGAGAAAGGGAUAGAAGUUGAGCAUAUCCCCAUUCACCUGCCACUACUCUCACCUCUGCUUACAAAACACAAAGGUGUGCGCACGGCUCCCUUGCUUGUGAACCUUGCAGGUGUGGACCUGACUGCAGACGGAACAUUAUGGCUGCAGAAAAGUCUCCUUCCUGCUCAAACCGUCUGGCUGAAACUCAUCAGCCGCCACGACGACAUCCUGCAUUGUUUUGUGGCUCAAAGCAAGCAGGGGUCAGCAUGGAGCCGCUCUGUGAACGAGGAGGUGCUCAGACUCGGCCUGGCCCGCCGGGCGCCCAUUCCCGGACUCUCACCGAACUCUCGCCUUUAUUGGCGUCUGCACAAGCGGCUUCACAGGGCAGAGGUGAAAGCUGAGAAGAAGGGGCACGGUCUGUGGAAGGAAGAGAACCAAUGGGAGAGGGCCUGGAAGGCAAUGGAGGACAAUGCAUUCAUUAGACUGCUGCGGAGGUUCUUUGGGAAGAACUGAGUUUCCAGGUGCUGCAACAAUGACACAACUUUUUCAUGUCAUUUGUUACUGAUUUUGUCAAUUCAUUUCCAUUAUAAAACACAUAUGGUGUUUUCUGCUUGAUUGUGAGCUUUUUACACCACAGAAUGUUUAUUUGAACCCUGACACUAAUCCGCCACUACGCAUAUGGGGCACUCAGAGGGAGGAGGGAUCGGUUCUUAAUGAGGGCUGAGAAGGAGGUGGGGUCC